AUGGCCAGCAAGAAUCAAAAAAAGCGGACUGCAACCUUCAGCAAGUGGAACAGCACGUCCCUGGAGUUCGUGGUGGGCUCGCUCAGCGCCUUCGACUCCGAGUCGGCCCAGUUCUACUCCCUGGUCGGCAGUGGCGGUGGUCCGCCCGUGGCUCUGGUCACGGUUUCGGCCAAGUCGGGCGAGGUGGAGAACGCGGUCUACUUCAGGAACAGGGCGCAGCCGGCAGGCCUCUUCGUCUUCUAA